CAAAGACGCCAUUUUAUGGGAAGCAGUGCUUCUACAGAUCAUACAAGCCACAGUUCUUCCUUUGCUUUUUAGCUUCACAGUUCGGCUGGUUCAUGAAACUGUUCUGCUUUGUUUUUACCGAUCCAUCGUAAGUUUUGGGGGGCCAGUUAGAGAUGAGGAAUACACGAUUAAACCUUAAAAUCUGGAUCUGAAAAGUUCGUGCGAAAUCAUCCAUGACUGUUUGGUGUCAUCAGUCACCGUUUGUUCAACAUCAUAUCAGUUCUUGUGAAAGAGUGUAUCAGACAAAGAACAGCUCGGGGUGUUUGUUUGAGGUCAAUUAAAAACUUUAGCCAGCAGUUCUCCAAAUAUAAUCUGGCACGGUGCACUGUAAAGUUGCCUAUUAGUCUGGCCACCAGUUACUCUUUGUGCUGGGAUAUUGUGCGGGGCAGAACAGGAAGAAGACGAUUACUGUAAUCUCAGUCAGCACCGGUUAGAGUUAUUUAUAGAGUGUCAGCGCUAUUUGGGGGAAAGGAACUCUGCUCGUCAAUGUUUUUAGUCGAAUGAAACACUGUUCCCUUGGCCAUAUCUGAUGCAGAGUGCACGCGGCAAAGAACCCUUUUUUCUUGGAGUUUUAGAAACAUCUGUUUCGUUCUCGCAAGAUGAAGAAGAAACCUAGUCCAAGGCAGAGGAUCGAAAAUGGAACCAAAGCAAGUAAUGCGCAGACUCCAGGAGAGUGGGGACGUGCAUGGACUGCCGACUUCCUGACCAUGUUUGGCGUGAUCUUCAUGCUAACUUGCUGUCCGGUACUGGUCUUCUACUAUCUCAUCUCAUGCACGCACUACCAAUGCGAGCUCACUACACCAGUCUUCAAGCUCUAUCAGGGUGACGUCACGUUGAUCCAGUUAUGGGAAUAUGCCCCCUCUCUGACCCUUAAGGGUGUGGUGGUCUACCUUUCUUGGUUUUCUCUCCAGGUACUCCUGUGGUAUCUUCCCGAUGUCUGUCACUACGUCAUUCCCGGCUACCGUGGUGGGAUCUGCCUUGGUGCCAUCACCCCAGCAGGAAACCGUCUCAAGUACGGGGUAAACGGCCUGCAAGCUUGGUUCAUCUCCAACGGGCUCUUCCUCGCAAAUGGCUUGUACUUCCGCUGGUUCUCCCCAACCAUUAUCGUGGACAACUACGGCUCAAUGCUGAUCAUGAUGAACAUCAUGGGCUACACCGUCAGCGUCUUCGCUAUGGUCAAGGCCUACCUGUUCCCGUCCUUCCCGGAAGACCGCAAAUUCAGCGGGAAUCUUUUCUACGACUUCCUGAUGGGUAUCGAGUUCAACCCGCGGAUCGGAAAAUGGUUUGAUUUCAAACUCUUCUUCAACGGUCGACCCGGCAUCGUUGCCUGGACAAUUAUCAACAUGUCCUACGCGUGGAAGCAGUAUGAGCUUUACGGCUACGUGACAAACUCCAUGAUCUUGGUGAACGUCUUGCAAGCCAUGUAUGUCGUAGAUUUCUUCUGGAACGAGGCGUGGUACCUCAACACCAUCGAUAUGCAUCACGACCACUUUGGCUUCUACCUGGGAUGGGGCGACUCUGUGUGGCUACCCACCAUGUACACGCUCCAGGGGUUCUUCCUGGUGUUCCAUCCUGUUCAGCUUUCCCAGCCGGCAGCUGCCGGUGUUCUGGCCUUGGGCUUGGGUGGCUACUAUAUCUUCCGGGCCGUCAACCACCAGAAAGACUUCUUCCGUCGUACGAAUGGCCAGGCCAAUAUCUGGGGCAGCAAGCCACGGUAUUUGGAGGUGGAGUACUUCAGCAGCGACGGCAAGAAGCGUCAAAGCAAGCUGCUCUUGUCCGGGUGGUGGGGGGUAGCCAGGCACAUGAACUAUACUGGAGACCUGAUGGGCUCACUGGCUUACUGUCUGGCCUGUGGAGUGACGCACCUGCACCCACACUUCUACAUUAUCUUCAUGACCAUACUACUGUUGCAUCGAUGCAUACGGGACGAGCACCGUUGCAGGGCCAAGUACGGAUCGUCUUGGGACAAGUACAUUGCUAAGGUCCCGUAUAGACUCAUACCCAUGCUGUUUUAAACAUAAACAACCCCCAAGCUAAAUUUCUUUCUGACUGGUCGAGCAAAUAGCGUCCCAGUGAUUUCAACAAUCUUUUGAAUAUGACGUUUUCAUGAAGAAAACCGACGGAAAGAAGUAAUAUUCUUUGAUCUGAUAAAUAUCAAUCAAAUCGUGAAGCCUGUGAGUAACAUGAGUUUCAUUAUAAAUCAAAAGAUAUUAAAAUAUUUUCUUUUAUUCCACUCCAAAUAAUGCUUUCAAUUUGGAAAUCUGUUUAUUGUACUUUGUUUAAUUAUGGUUUGAUGUUCUGGUUACAUGUAUAUGAUUUGUUCUUUAAAAUAAUUACCUUUGCUCCACUCCGGUGAUAUCAAGCUAUCACAAUGGUUCAUGUGUUCAUGAGGUUGACUAGCAGUAUGUUCACUGUGAACUAUGAGGCUGAUACUCUACUUUAAUGGGGCAUCUUAAAUUUGGCUUCAAUGAAUUUACAGUUGUCAAGAUUACUGGAAGUCAUUUUUUAGGUGGUGGUAUUUUGGAUAUUGUAAUUGUGGUACAUGUAUAAAUAGAAGCGGAUAGCCAAGUGUAUGUAUCAGUAGACUUUGUUCCCAUAAAUGACUACCCUGAGCAGCGUAUUUACAACUUAGCAUGGA